GUUCAUCGCUGACCAGCAGGAGACCAACACCCAAUACACAGGGGGCGGUGGUGGAAAUUUACCUGAGAAAAAUUGUAAAGGAAAUAUAUCUAUUUUUUAAAGGGCAGUUUUCUUUGCUGUGACAACACAGAGAGAAAGCAAACUGUUGCAGGAUGGACCCUAACAAGUCUGCGAGCGCUCCACCGGCGGGAUGGACCGACGAAAAGGCGUCCAUGGCUCAUGCGCCCCCUCCACCCUACCAGGACUUCCCGCAGCCCGGCCUGGGAUACCCACCUCAAGCUCAACCUCAAGUCUAUGGAUCCCCACCACAAUAUGCAGGUCAAGGAUUCGGCCAACCACAGUACCCCAUGGGUCAGCAGUACCCAGGACAGCCAGAAAUGGUCACUGUGCAGCCCACAGUGUAUUUGGCUAGAGGCCCACUGGCUCAACCUGUCAAUGACUACCUGUGCUACUCCAUCUUCACCAUGCUGUGCUGCUGCCUGCCACUGGGAAUAGCUGCCCUCAUAUACUCCAUCUCCGCACGUGAAGCCAACCACGUUGGGGACCAGAUGGGGGCUGAGCGGAGCAGCAGGAUGGCGAGAAAGCUGAAUCACGUGGGCCUGGGACUUGGCAUCGGGGUCACCAUCCUCUUCAUCAUUUACACAGUGGUUAUGUCAAUGGGUUAGGGUUAGGGUCUGUUUCAGCAAGUUUCCUAUAUUCUUAUUUUUCAUUCUACACCAGGUAUUAGACCAAAAGGAACAUGACAAGAAUAUGUUUUAUUUGAAAAUGUUAACCCUGAAGUCUCCUGAUUGUCUAAAACAGCUUUAGAAAAGUUACUGAUAUUUCAUCAGGGAAAGAUUUUUAGCUGUUGACCACCUGUACUAUUGAUCUAUCAGCAAUCAUAUACAGUACAUGUGGUGAGAUUAAUUUAAAGAGGAGAAGCUCUUUACAUGUAAUCCAAUGACUUCAGCAUGGUAGAAAGUUACCCAAAGAUUCAUAUUUCAUCUGCAUUUUUAAAAAAUGUUUGUUCGCUUUAUAUGUUACCACAUAUCAGAAAUUUAUAUGAUUUUUUACGAAUAAUUUCAACUUUGAUGCCUUAAAAGUUAUCCGCUGUUCAGCCUCUGUUCAUUCUUGCUCUACCGCUCACGCAGAUUUCAAGUAUUCCACAACUUGUUAAAAUAGAAAAUUAUAAUCCAUACAAUGUUUUAUUCUGGCGUGUAACCAAAAGAGAUUUACCUGAUUGUACGAUGGGUGAAAUAUUGCUGCCCUUUCAACAGAAUUUUUGGCUGUAAAUGUGCACUAACACUUCCUAUCCCUGUUAGAAGUAUGCUAACAUUAAAUUACAUUUUAAAAAAAAACAUAGUAUUUGGAGGAUACUAGCAGAAGGAGAGAUGUGGCUUUGUGAAGCUUGUGUUGAACAAGUUAUUUAAAAAAAAAACUGAAUGUGAGCUUGAUUGUCAUCAAAGAGUAUCAUAUCUGAGAGUGCAUACUAUCAUCUCUGUAUUCUAGCUGAGUACCAAAGUCCUCCUGCUUUAUUCCAGCUAAACAGGAAUGCACAGCUUCUCAUAAAAUCAGUAGUGGAGCCAAUAUGGCAGCCAGUUGCUCAAUCAGUGGCUCCAGCUCAGGAAUUUUGAAAGCUGUAGCGUGUCAUGUAUCACUGGCCUGAGUGUUGUUUGUCAUGCAAUGUCUGUAUGCUCUUUUCUUAACCAAAGCUGGAAAAGGAAGAUUUUACUGCUUACCAUAUUUCUUUAUAAAUAAAUUCAAAGUAUAUGAAACAAAAAA